AUGGAAACUACACAACACCACCGCGAAGUCAUCAGUGCUACCACAUUCCGUGUAAGCGGCGGUCGUCGCCUUGCAGACGAUGUUAAUGUUGCGUACAUUCUACCGAGCGACAAGGAUGAAGUAAAGCGACUUAAGCUCAACCAUGACCUUUGGAGCUUAUACAAAUCUGACAUGCACGAUCAAUUGAAGAAAGGGAUACGCGUGCUAGAUGUGGGAUGCGGACCUGGAUGGUGGACCUUGGACAUGGCCGCCUUAUAUCCAAAUUCCCAAUUUAUUGGUAUUGACAUGGCAGAUGUUUUUGUUACCAAAGACUUGCCUUCCAAUGUCACUUUCAAACAAAUGAAUGCCGGCACUGGACUUGACUUUGAAGACGCGUCGUUCGAUUUUGUUUUUCAACGUUUCUUGGUGAUGGGUUUAUCGGUCGACCAAUACAGUUCUUCGGUUGCUGAAAUAAAACGCGUGUUGAAGCCAGAAGGCGCCAUUGAAAUUUUGGAACUGAUUAAUGACUAUUCCAACCCUAGUCCAGCCUUUGCACGCAUUGGAUUAUGGAGUAGGUCUAUUUUUUUGUCUUCAGUUCUUGAAAAUGCAGGCUUCCAUAAUAUAAAGGAUGUCAACUACGACGUGCCUAUUGGACCAUGGGGAGGCGAACCGGGUGAAAUGUUCCUUGCUAUCCAAAGAUUGGCACUUCCCGCUGUCAAGGUCAUGGUUACUGAGUUGACGAAUGCAACUACGGAGGAAUAUGACAAAACUGUGAAGCAGGCCUUUGAGGAGGCAAAUACUCACCAAGUCUCGACACGAUUCAGACUUAUAUAUGCUAGCAAAUAA